GCCACAUUCCUCUGGCUCCGUCUCACAACCCAAGACAAGAACAAGAACCCCACAUUCCUCUGCCUCAAUUUCCCCAGUGAUGAUGCCAUGUUUCAGGAGCGUAACUAUUAAAAAAAUAUGCACGAAACAACGACUAAGUUGAUGGUGGAAGAACAAAUGAUUAAGUUAAGGAGGAUGAGCGUGCAGGAAUUACUGCGUUGGAAAAAGUGAAGUGGGGUGCAUCGUGGGCUCUGUUGGUUUCAGUUUAACUUUAGGAUUAAAGCAAGUGCCAACUUCAUCUAUCUACUCUUCACGUUUCAUGUCUCACUGGGGUUUUCAUUUUCAACUGUCCUAUCCCUUGUGCUUUUAUUUUGGAUGCUUCUCUCUUCUUCUGUCUCUAAUCAAACCCAUUCGUCUUUGAGCGACGAGAUUUCAUAUGGGUUCCAUCAGAAAUGCUCAGAAGUUGUUUCUUUUUCUGCAUCUUUGUCUCUGUGUGUUUCUUGCAGUGAUUGGCCCAUCAUUUUCCUCCAAGUUGUAUGUGGUGUAUAUGGGCAGCAGAGGUGGCGAUGGCCCAGAUAAGAUUUUGAGGCAGAACCACCAAAUUCUUCAUGAUCUUCAUAGGGGAAGUGUGGAAGAGGCCAAGGCUUCUCAUGUGUAUAGUUAUAGACAUGCUUUCAGAGGCUUUGCAGCUAGGUUGACUGAAGAGCAAGCUUCUCAAGUUGCAGAAAUGCCGGGAGUUGUGUCGGUUUUCCCCAAUACUAGGAGGAAUCUCCACACCACUCAUUCUUGGGAUUUCAUGGGCCUCCUUGGUGAAGAAACUAUGGAGAUUCCUGGAUAUUCCACCAAGAACCAAGUUAAUGUCAUCAUUGGUUUCAUUGAUACAGGUAUUUGGCCGGAGUCCCCGAGUUUUAGUGAUGCGGGCAUGCCCCCUGUGCCGGCUGGAUGGAAGGGACGUUGCCAACCGGGGGAAGGAUUCAACUCUUCCACGUGCAAUAGGAAAGUGAUUGGUGCAAGAUACUACCUGAAUGGCUAUCAAGCUGAAGAAGAGCAGGAGAAGAUAGUAUCGUAUAGAUCUGCAAGGGACAGCGUUGGACACGGGAGUCACACUGCAUCAACUGCUGCAGGUCGUUUUGUUGAUAACAUGAACUACAGCGGGUUGGCAGCGGGUGGUGCCAGAGGGGGAGCUCCGAUGGCUAGGGUUGCUGUAUACAAGACCUGUUGGAGGUCUGCUUGCUACGACGUCGACUUGUUGGCAGCAUUUGAUGAUGCCAUUAGGGAUGGGGUGAAUAUCAUAUCCCUGUCUUUGGGUGGUGAUUCACCACAGGGGGAUUAUUUCAGUGAUGCCAUUUCCAUCGGGGCCUUCCACGCUGUUAGCCGCGGAGUGGUGGUAGUUGCUUCAGCUGGAAACGAAGGGAGUUCGGGGUCUGCAACAAAUCUUGCUCCUUGGAUCAUCACUGUGGCAGCUAGCUCAACAGACAGAGACUUCACAUCUGACAUCAUUCUUGGAAACGGAGCUCAUUUUGCGGGUGAGAGUCUGAGUAUAUCAAAGAUGAACUCCCCGGCUAGGAUCAUAUCCGCUGCUGAAGCUUACGGAGGAUACUUCACUCCUUACCAAUCCAGUUUUUGUUUGGAGAGUUCCUUGAAUAUCACAAAGGCGAAAGGUAAAGUUCUGGUUUGCCAUCAUGCUGGGAGCUCGACAGAGUCGAAGCUUGCAAAAGGUACUGUAGUGAAAGAAGCCGGUGGAGUCGGAAUGAUCCUCAUUGAUGAAGCUGAUAGAGAUGUCGCCAUUCCUUUCGCAAUCCCAGCAGCCAUUGUUGGAAAUAGAGUUGGAUAUAAGAUCUUAUCUUACAUAAAAAACUCAAGAAAACCUACAUCAAAAAUUCUGUCUGCCAAGACUGUUCUAGGAUUUCAAUCUGCACCUCAAGUUGCUCCAUUUUCUUCGAAGGGCCCAAAUGCAUUGACUCCGGAAAUCCUUAAGCCCGAUGUUCUAGCACCGGGACUCAAUAUCCUGGCUGCCUGGUCUCCAGCAACCGCGAAUAUGAACUUCAACAUACUCUCGGGAACUUCCAUGGCUUGUCCUCACGUAACAGGAAUCGUAGCCUUGAUAAAGUCCGUGCACCCGUCUUGGUCCCCGUCUGCCAUCAAGUCUGCUAUCAUGACAACUGCUACGACAUGGAACAAGCACCGGAAACCCAUUAGGGCAGGCCCUGAUGGUCGGAAGGCGAAUCCAUUCGACCUGGGCUCAGGCUUCGUGAGGCCAAAGCAAGUUCUUGAUCCUGGUCUGGUAUACGAUGCAACACCCUCUGACUACAAAGCUUUUCUCUGCUCGAUUGGCUACAGCAACAGGAAACUGCAGCUGAUCACAAGAGACAACAGCACUUGUAGUAGCAAAGCAUCGUCAUCCGCCCUCAACUAUCCAUCCAUCACGGUCCCAGAUUUGAAAAGCUCGUUUUCAGUGUCCCGAACAGUGACGAAUGUUGGGAGGCCGCGGAGCGUCUACAAAGCAGUGGUGUAUCCUCCAACCGGCGUCAAUGUCACCGUGGUACCUAAAAGGCUGGUGUUUUACAGGUACGGCCAGAAGAUGAGAUUCACCGUGAAAUUUGAGGCGACUGCCCCGACCAAAGGCUAUGUGUUUGGGUCGUUGUCGUGGAGGAACAGGAGAUCAUGGGUGACCACGCCGUUGGUUGUCCGUGUCGAUCAUUCGACGUAGGCUGCGCGCUCGGCUUGGAUACAGAGAAGCCAUACGAUAUGAAGGUGAAAUUUUUGUGUGCGACUUUUGAUUCGUCAGUAGAAAUAUGGUAGUUGUUGAACUCAAUAUAUUCGUUGUUUAGAACUAGGAAAAGAGUAGGAUAUUAUUGCAGCUGUUUCUUGUAUUCAAAAUAUUCUUGAAAGCCUCAUCUCAUUUUUAGCAGUGAGUAUAAUUGUGUUGAUGUUUAGUUGUAUCUUUGAAUGAUAUUACAAUAAGGAAUAAAAAAAAGUCUGUUGUGAAA